UGCAGACAGCGAUCUGGAGAGAUGCAAGCAUAUGAUAAGAGUUAGGCUUUUAGUGUGCACUCCAGCUCUGGACUUGGCACGUGGGCUUCAGGAAAUUCCUUCGUUUGGAAUUUCCAUAUAAAGAGUAUGGAUGAGGUUCACAACCUGUUUUAAGAAAUGAGUAUUUUAUAAGCCACUGGAAAUGCCACCUAGUGAAUCACAGCAUUACUGAAAGCUACCAUCAUUCGCGCUGAACCACUGAUGAGUUCAGGGCUGUGUUGCCAACGCAGAACAUCUUACUGAUUCCCAACCAGUGACUGCUUUUCAACUCUGUGAAGAAAAGAGCUUGAGCUCACUCUUUUGCUAAUGUUUCAAUGUAAAAUAAUAGAGUAUGUCUUUAAAGGAAUUGAAGUCGUUUUUCCUAGUACUCCUAUCGUAGACAAGCAUGCUACUUCACGUAAGCAGUCACCCUAGGCUAGUGUAGUGUAACUUUUUCUAAGACUGGACUCCCAAAACAUUAUUACAACAAAUUAGAGGUUGAAGAAAUCAUUUAUUAAAGCUGACAUACAACGAGAAUAGGGUCAACAGACUGCACCAACAAUUCAGAACCAAGUAUAGAACUCACUACCUGGAUCACUACAACAGAAGUCAGUAGACUUGCUGAGCUUUCGUCCUGAUUGAAGGCUUACUUGUACUACGACCCAGGGUUGGCUGCUAAUCUUUAUGCCUUUACAUAUCUAUAUUUGUAAAUUCAUGUGCCAAUAAUACUUCCUAAGGUCAUAGAACUAUUUCGUGUAAUUCACAUAGGAAUAUGUAAAUGCACCAAUAAAUGUUAGUGAUUAGAAAGUCCAGAAUUUUCAUUUCCUUGGCAUUAACAGUACUUCUCAUAAAAUUAUAAGGAUUAAGUGAAUUAAGACAUGUAAAACACAACAAAAUUCCUAGAACUUGGUUAAACCAUUCAAUUAAUAGUAGCUUUUAAUAUUAACUAUUACGGUUUCAAAGAGUAAUACUGGCAGGCCAUGGAUUUGGUUUAAUAUAAUUUGUCCUAGGUUUUCAAUGAUUUUGUACAUCUUGGAAAUAAUCAUUAAUUGUAAAUAAUAAGUACUUUUCAGUUUUUAGCAAACCUAAAUCCACAUAAUUUCAAAUACAUUCCGGUAAAGGAGAAUGUCUUUGUAAAAUUAGGUAGAUAUCACACAUCAGUAUACUUUUAAGUGGGCUUUCAUAAAUACCAAAACAAUAUCAUAAACGAUUAUAUUGCCAAUUUGCCAAUUUCUUGCCUUAUUCCAACUUUGUCUAGACAAUUAAUUGGGUUCAGCGCUCUUUUGUUCCUAGUUGACUUACUUUCUCAUAUACCAAUCAAGUACUCUACACUUACCCUAAUUGUAGUCAAACCUUUCAUUGAUCUUUUUGCCUCUCCUUAAGCAGAUGACACAUCUUCCUUACCACAGAGAAAGUAGAGGUUGCCAGUUAUCACAUCCUUGAUUUUCCUACAUUCAGCUUCCUAAUAUCAAUAUUUAUAAUUCUUAGUAUAUCUUCCUACAUUUUUCUUUUUUAGCCACUGUCUCAGCUCAAGCUGCUAAACCAAAAUACCAUAGACUGGGUGGCUUAAGCAACAGGCAUUUAUUUCUCACAGUUCUGGAGGCUGGGAAGUCCAAGAUCAGGGUACCAGCUAAUUUGGUUCCUGGUGAGAGCCUUUUUUUCUGGCUUGCAGAGGGCCUGCUUCUGCUUCCUCACAUGGCAGAGAGAGAGAGAGAGACAGCUCUGGUCUCUCCUCCUCUUUUUAUAAGAACAGUAAUCCUAUCAUGAGAGCCACACCCUCCAGACCUUAUCUAAACCUAAUUAUCUCCCGAAGGCCCAACCUUCCAAUUGGGGUUAGACGUUUCAAUAUUCAAAUUUGUGGGGGUUACACAAACCUUCAAUCCAUAACAGUCAACCAUUUUUAAGUGUGUGGUUCAUUGGUAUUAGGUGCCAUCCUCACUAUUCAUCUCCUUAAUGCUUUUCAUCUUAAAAAACUGAAACUUUGAACCCAUUAAAUACUAACUCCCUAUCUCCUUCCCUACCUCUACCCCCUGGCAAUCACUGUUUUACUUUCUAUCUCAGAAUUUGGCUAUUAUAGAAACCUUAUAUAAGUGAAGUCGUAGUAGAGUCAUAAAGUCUUCAUGACUGGCUUAUUCCAGUUAGCAUAAUGUCCUCAUGGACAACAAUGUCUAUGUUGUUCCAAGUGUCAAUUUCUUUUUAAGGCAGAAUAAUUUUCUAUGUAUAUACCACAUUUUGUUUUUUUAUCUAUCGAUGGACCCUUGGGUUGCUUUACCCUUUGGCUAUUGUGAAUAAUAUGGCUAUAGACAUAGAGGUGCAGAUACCUCUUUAAGAGCCUGCUUUCAAUUCUUUGGGGUAUAUACCCAAAAGUGGAAUUUCUCUAUUACAUGAUAAUUCCAUGUUUAAUGUUUUGAGAAGCCACCAUACGGGUUUUCCAUAAUGGCUACUCCAUUUUACGUUGCCUCUGACAAUGCACAAAUACAAUUCCUUGCACUGAAGGAAUAAAGCUCACUUGGUCAUGGAAUUUAAUACUUUCAAUGUGCUGUUAAAUUCUGUUUUCUAGUAUUUUGAGGAUUUUUGCAUCAAUAUUUAUCAGCGAUGUUGAUCUGCAGUCUUCUUAUACUGUCUGUGUCAGAUUUUGGAAUCAAGAUUUUAUUUAUUUGAGAGAGACACAGAGAGUAUGAGUGGAGAGAGGGAGAAGCAGACUUCACGCUGAACAGGGAGUCGUAUGCGAGGCUCCAUCCUAGGACCCUGAGAUCAUGACUCAAGCCAAAGGAAGAUGAUGCUUAACCAACUGAGCCACCCAGGCACCCCAAGUCCUCUAUUUCCUUGAUGAUCUUUGUCUAGUUGUUCUAUCCAUUACUGAAAGAGUAUUAAAGUCUCCAACUAUUAUUGUAGAGUUAUUUCUCCUUUCAAUUCUGUCAAUAUUUGUGUCAUGUAUCUUGAAGAUCAAUGUUUGGUGCAUAUAGGUAAAAUAGAGAACAGAAAAGCAGAAAAAAAAUCAACUAAACCUGAAAAUACUUCUUUGAAAAUAACACGAUUGGCCUACUGUUAGCUAUAUUGAGAAAAAAAACUCAGAGAAGACUACUAACAAUGGUAUUUUAGAUGUUGAAAAAACAUAUUCCUAGCCAUUAGAGGAGAGAAAACACAUGAAUGAGAAAAUAUCAAUAGAAUAAUCCUUAAAUCUUUCUUUUAAGGUUCUGUUUCUUUAAAAGCAGCACAUUAUGGAAAUGUUUUAUAAUAAUAGGACCUAUGGAAAAAUAGUGUUCAUGGCAGACCUCUCCAAACUCAUACAAUUUCAUGGGUUACAUACAAAACCAACUUACGAUGAAAAUAUCACAUUUUCAAAUAUGUUAAAUCCCUAAUAAGUGAAGAAAUCGUGUAGUGGUUUCCCUGACAAAGGACUUGAUACUGGUUUGAUGGCCUGAAAGUGGUGAAGUGAGGCUGUACAUUGUGAAGUAGACAUGAGCGAUCGCUGAUCCCAAAAGUGGCCCUUGGCAAUUCACUGCUUCCUAUGUGUGCCUGCUUCCCCUCCUACCAUGAGAUGAGUGAGGUCUGUUUCCUUCCCACAUUGACUCUGCGCUUCAGCCUAUAAGAUGUUAGCAAGUGGAGACUUGUUUUAGUACUUGCACAUUGGGAUUGGGCCUCUUGUGAUUCUCCCUCUAAAUUCUUAGUCACUAUUUUGUGAACAAUUCAACAUAGGCCCAUAGGAAGAAAAAAAUAACAAAAAGCAAGGUACUGGUCAGCUGCUCCAGCUGAGCUCCCCAGUAACAGUCAACACCCACUCUGACAAGUGGGUGAGAUAAUUUUGGACUUCUGGAGCUCUCCCACAUGACAUGUAGCACCCCAACUAGCUUCAGAGUCCUGGAGGACAAUGAAUGGUUGUUUUGAGAUCCUAGGCUUCGGAGUGCUUUGUCUUGCAGCAGUAGAUACUGAAGGCAACGGAAAUGACCUCAUCUUAUUUAGGUGUGAAUGUCGUGACCCUGACAUUCAUAGUUGUAAUUCAGUGUCCUGUUCCCUAUCUCUCUGGCUUACAAAUCAAAUUUUAGGUUCUGUUCUACUUUCCUCCUUUUUCAAAGCCUCUGCUUCAAUGGCAGCAAAUCUGAAGGAACCACAGAGUGCCAUCCUCCUGCUGUUGGCAUGGUAGUCCUCUGGAGCAUUUCUUUCGGCCAGCUGUGUUGCAGACAGAAUUAUCCUUAUUCUCAAAACUGAAAUAAUCAUGGGGUUCAGCACUGCCUUUCUCACUGUGGCUUGACCUCUCACCUAUGCCUCGAUGUUUUCUAUUGCUGCUGUGACGAAGUGCCUUAGACUUAGCAGCCUAACACAAAACCCAUUCAUUAGCUCCCAGUUUUGUGAGAAGUCUGAGCAGGGGCAACUGGUUUUCUGUUCAGGACCUCACUGCCCAAACCUGCAGCAUCUGGGGAAGAUCUACUGUAGGCUUGUUCAGGUUGUGCAGAAUCUGGUUUCUGGCACUAGAGGUGUUAGUUUCCUCGCCCUCAGACAGCCAGGGAUGCUCCUCUCCUGGAGGCUGCUCCCUCCCACGCUGCCUCCUCCGUCUUCCAAGCCAACAGCGGUGUGUCGAGGCCUCCUCGGCCUCUAAUGUCUCUGACUUCCCCUUUGUCAUGGUGAGAUCAUGUAUCAUCUUCAGGAAGAUGUUCUUAUCUCCCCACAGUGUGGCUGAGCUCCUGUUCUUCCUCUGCCCUCUCACAGCACUCAGUGCAAGUAUUAUUACAGUUGCUGCAGGACAUGGGAAUCAUCUACUUACGUGACUCUUUUCCAUUUGUUCAUCUCAGCAUCAGGAACCCCUUCUGCCUUGGUGUACACACCUACCUCCAUUUAUGGCGCAGUUGGACAAGCCCACUGAAAGUUCCUCAUUUACAACCUCGUCAUGAAGCAUGCUCAGUAAAUCACACGUAUGCAUUUGAUGAAGAAGCAACAUGUACAGAGGAUGGAGAACCGCUUCCACAACCAAACAGGAAAUACACUGCAAAGGACUCAUUUUACAAGUCCUCAACACAAAAGAUUCAAUGGGAGGCAGUCGACGCAGCUGCAUGUGUCCUGCGUCUCUGCGUGUCCGAAACCACAGAACUUCCGCGCCUUAGAAUCCAAGGCGGUACCGUUAGCUGUAAAGCCUGUGCGCCCGGCGCUCCUUCACCCGCGUGGCUGGCCUCCUGGCACCACGCUGCAGGCCCUGUGACUUGGGAUCACGGGGGCGCGGGAGCGUGGCCCACUCUUGCGGGCGGAGCCCCAGACCUGCGUCUUGACUCCCGCCACCAGGAGCCACAGUCUGCUUACCUAGCAUAUGAAAUUGUUCCUUGGGACAAGAUGCUACCACCAAAACCUGAUCCAGAAGAAACAACGGUGGAAAAAGCUGCUGACCUGGUUUCACAGUGUUUUACACUGAAAAGAUAUGAAGGGGCCCUGGCAAUAACCCAGAUGGUUGGUGGACUCUGGGACAGAUUUCAAACAAGGUCAUUCUUGGCACCGGUCAAGCCAGUUACUUUCGUGAGUCCAAGUUCCAGAAGCAAAUACAUUCCUCUGUAUACUGGUUACGUGCAGUCCACAAGUGCCGAUGACGUCGACAACCCCUUUGGAGACAUCACGUCCAUUGCCAAGCCUCGGAGCUCUAAAAUUCUCUAUACAAACACAAGUCGCGUUCCAGUACUGACGCAUCACCACGUGAGGAGGGACACCUGUGGAGGGACACAGACAGACUGUGUCGGGAGUAAAGGAAUCAUGCACAAAGGUCUGUGCACGGCCCCCAGUCCGUGGGGAAGGGGUACACGGAGCGCCGGCACCAUGACCCGCGUGUGGGGGGCACACUGUGUUUGGCUGCUCUCCACGAUCCAUGCGUGCGGUAGGGGGCGGGGGGACGCCGAGAGUCUGCAUUAAGAGACGCUGCCUUUCCCCACCAAGCACGGUCACAGCUGGAAUCUCACUGCAGCCUCACGCAGGUCGCGGGGUCGCCCCCUUGCAAGGCCGAGGCAGUGAGGCUAAGGGGUUAUGCGUGUGGUCCUGUGUUGCGCGCUGAUGAGUGGAGUUGUAGGGCUUGAAUCCAGCCCUGACCCUUGAGACACCCACACCCCGUCCCCUCUCUGCCCCCCCCACCUGUCACUGUAGGGACCUCCCCGAAGCCCUGUAUUUCCAAAGUGUCCUCUAAGACAAAUGGACCCCGGAUGUUUCCUCUGGCUCGUCUUGGGGUGUGUGAAGGCUGUGGGGGCAAGCGAGGGGCCUGCAGAUGAAGCCUGCCUCCCCCUGCAUGGAGGUUCGGCUGCCGCUGCCGUGUUGCCUUUUGCGUGUGCGUCCGUGUGGGACGAGGGUCGGUGCCAGGGAAGUCAGCCACCGAGCAGGUGGCACGGGUGGCCUGCUGGCGGCUGGCCCUGGCUGCAGCGGAUUGGUGGCUCAGGGCGAUC